UUUGCGUAAGAGGUCGGCCGACAUUAAUUUCAUAUUCUGCCAUAGUAUUUUGGUCUAAAUGAGACACAGUCACGUCUCCGCCCUUGUACCGAUCUCUCACUUCGAGUCCGACCUGUUUUUAGCGGAUUUCCUCUGAAAUGUUUUCGGGAACGCAGGGGAGAUUUCAACUGGAGCGCGGAGGCAAAGAAGGGAAUGAAUAGUGGGAUAAGUACACCACCCAACCGGCGGACAUUUAUUGUAUUGUGUUCCUAUUGUCGCGCUUUUUUAAUGUAGAAGGCUGAUGUUAAGCCACGUACGCACAGAUAUCUAGUGUACUUUUCAUUUGGUAAAAUGGAAAGUGCGCGGGCUGUCGUUGACGAAGACUUGGCAGAUAGAACUGCAACUAAGUUUAAGAAGCCUAGCGGACUGUCUGUCGCCCAGUGGACGCCAGUGGAUGAUGGUGGUGUACAUUUGACGGCCUCUCGUUUAGAUAUUAGAAAUGGGAACAAUCCCUCUCAGGCUGCAGUGGGUUCUAGUGCUUCGAAUAAAAGUAAUGGAAGCACAUCUACGAAUGUCCGGAGUUUAUCCAGUAACUCCAACUCGCUCCUGUUGAGACGGAGGAGGCUGAAGAGGAACCUCUCAGCUGCAACCACAUCGGCUGUCACUGCCGCCUGCGGCGCCAAGAUGAACUCGACCCUCUCCUCUGCGUCUCUGCAUACUCGGAGUCUGGAUAGGAAGACGUUGCUGAGGCAUCGGCAGAACAUGCAACUGCAGCCUUCAGAUAGAGAGUGGGUGCGAGUGGAUCUUAACAGGGGAUCCAUACAUGUCCACGACAAACUCACCACGCCGUCAUAUCCUAGGCCGGUGCUGUGCACGAUCGAUACCACCGCUGGCGACAUGGCGCUCCGUAUGAGCAAACUCAGUAAGUCGAGCUCUGUAUUGCGUAUAUUUUGUAAAGACAACCUAAAGACGGAUCAAAACGGAAACUGUAACGUGAAGUAUCUAUAUGACAGUCAGUGCAAACGUAUUGAAGACGGUAACGUUAAUGUUAAGUGCAACCACUCGGGAUCCCCAGAAUUCAGGGGCGGCCUAUCAGAGAAGGCAAGUGACCGGUUGAGAUUACUGCUUAUGGAGAACGCCGAUGAGUUGCAAAAGCAACAGGAUGAAAAACUUUUGAGUCCGGACUCAGAUUCAAAAGAUAAUAUAACUCACUCGUUGUCGGAUCAAAAUUCGAAUUCUAACCUGGAUACUCCAAACGAGGAUGAUCCAGAACAGCGGCUGAACGGAGUGGACAACUACGGGCUCAAUUCUGGUUCGGACGUGGAGAGCAGCAGCGCAUUCGAUGACCUCAGCAUCUCGGGGGCUCGGCUCAGUGAGCACCGGGACUCCCUCAGCGACGACAUGAUCCUGGGCACAGACGCAUCCAUCCUGAGCCCUAGUUUUGACAGCGCCACGGAGGGCCACGACACCUAUGGCAGCUCUUCAGACGAACUGGAGCUCGACUGUCCUACCACAAGCAUUGACCAUAUUCUCCCGAAUGGCAACACAGUCUCUGCCAACUACACGUUUAGCAACGGUGGGCAUUUAAACGACUUGACAGAGGAUACGGGAGCAGGUAACAGACUCGGUCUAAGCAGGCUGCCACCCAGUAGUAGCGGUAGCUCAUUGUCCCGGGCCUGUUCGACAGGUCAUAGGCCCGACAUCCAAGACCCUGACAAUCGCCAGCGUGCUUUGAAAACAGGUUCGGCAGAGGCUGAUGAGGAUAGAGAAGCAGCAGGUGACACGAGUCCCACACUUUACGUUCAGCUCCACGGUGACGCUGUCAGGAGGCUCGGGCAAGACGAGAGGCCUCUCCAGAUCCAGAAUGACUUUCUCUUUAAACUGGGAUUUAAGGAUCCGUGGCGCGUGCAGGAGGAAGGGAUGAACACCGAGAUUGGCUCCCUGUUACGGUUUUACGCAGGGAAGCCCCACAGCAUUGAGAGCUCGGAGCGCGUGCAGCUGUCGGGGACCUAUAACGUCCGCAAAGGGAAACUCCUGCUACCAGUAAACCGGUGGACCAGACGCCAGGUCAUCCUGUGUGGCACCUGCCUCAUCGUCUCCUCCGUCAAAGACAGCCACACGGGCAAGAUGCACAUCCUGCCCCUCAUCGGAGGAAAGGUGGAGGAGGUGAAGAAGCACAGCCACUCCCUGGCAUUCAGCUCAGCAGGGCCCCAGAGCCAGACCUACUAUGUCAGCUUUGACAGCUUCACUGAACACCUGCGCUGGCAUAGACACGCAGCCAAGAUGGUGUCCCAGAGGAUCAACUCUGUGGACUUGUCCUGCUGCAGUCUGGAGCAGCUGCCUCCCAACCUCUUCUACAGCCAGGACCUCACCCACCUCAACCUCAAACACAACUUCCUCCCCACAGACCACCGUCUACACCAGCUACAGAGGUUCUCUCGUUUGCGGAGCCUCAACCUGUCUAAUAACCAGCUGGAUCAGUUCCCCAUGGCCAUCUGUGACAUCUCCACCCUCACCGAGGUCAACCUCAGCUGUAACUACCUGACCAAUGUGGACCAAGCUGUGGGAUCCAUGACCAAUCUGCAGACGUUUCUCCUGGACGGUAACUGUCUGAGUGAGUUACCCAGUGAGCUGGGCUCUCUCCAGAGACUGGGCUACCUGGGCCUGUCCUUCAACCAGUUUACCCACGUGCCCCAGGUGCUGGAGUGGCUGACCUCCGUGGAGAGACUGUGUAUGGCUGGAAACAGCCUGGACACACUGGUGCUGCAGAGCUUCAGACUGCUCCGGUUCAAGCAUGUCGACCUACGGCUGAAUAAGAUCCGGGUGGUGGUUCCAGACGAGCCAGACCUGCUGAGACACGUGACCCAGCUGGAUGUGCGUGACAACGGGCUGGAGGAGCUGGAUGCCUCCCUGUUUCCCCACCUGGAGGUCCUCCACUGUGAGAGGAACCACAUUGUCACCCUCAAGGCCAAGGGCUCUAUGCUCAAGGCUGUCUACGCACAGAACAACGAUCUACAGGAGCUAGAUGUCAGUCCAGUGCCAUCCAACCUCACCUACAUGGACAUCUCCAGGAAUCGUAUGGAGGCUGUCCCAGAGUGGCUGUGUGAGAUAAAGAAACUAGAAGUUCUGGACCUCAGCCACAACCUUGUUACUGAGCUCCCUGCACGGUUGCUGUGUAGCAGCAGUCUGAGGAAGCUGAGUGCAGGACACAACCACCUGCAGAAGCUGCCUGAGAGAGUAGAGCGCCCACUACUGGAGGUGUUAGACGUACAACACAACCAGCUAGCAGAGCUGCCCUGCAACCUCUUCCUCAAAUCUGACAGUUUGCGGUGCCUGAAUGCCUCGGCAAAUAAGCUCGAGCACCUGCCUCCCUCCAGCCUAUCAGAGGAGAGCAACAGCAUCCUCCAGGAACUGUACCUCACCAACAACCGACUGACUGAUAAGUGUGUUUCCUUACUGACGGGACACACACACCUCCGAGUACUACACAUGGCCUACAACUACCUGCACACCUUCCCUGCCAGUAAAAUGGCAAAGUUGGAAGAGCUGGAGGAGGUGGACCUGAGUGGGAACAGGCUCAAGACGGUGCCCACCACCAUCAUGAACUGCAGACGCAUGCACACACUCAUCGCCCACUCCAACACCAUAGAAGUCUUCCCUGAGGUCAUGCAGCUUAUGGAGAUGAAGUGUGUAGAUCUGAGCUGUAAUGAGCUGAGUGAGAUCAGCCUGCCUGAGAUCCUGCCUCCUAAACUCCAGGAGCUGGACCUGAGUGGCAACCCUCGCCUCAACCUGGACCACAAAACUCUGGAACAACUCAAUAACAUCCGCUGUUUCCACAUCGACCCGCCCCCGACCUUCUCAACCAAUGAGGCGUCAGGUGGGCCGGCUGUGUGGAGUCAUGGUUACACAGAAGCCUCGGGUGUCAAGAACAAGCUGUGUGUGGCUGCCCUGUCGGUGAACAGUUUCGGUGGGAGUCGUGAGGCCCUCUAUGGGGUGUUUGAUGGAGAUAGGAACGUGGAAGUGCCCUAUCUGCUGCAGUGUACCAUGAACGAUGUGCUGGCCGAGGAGCUGCACAAGACCAAGAGUGAAGAAGACUACAUGACAAACACCUUCCUCGUCAUGCAGAGGUUAGUAUGGACACACACAACUUCUUAUUUAGACAGUAUCAGAAAUUCAACCUUCUCUCUGUGCCACAGGAAGCUGGGUACGGCAGGGCAGAAGCUGGGUGGCUCGGCGGCCCUGUGCCACAUCAGACACGACCCCACCGACCCGGGCGGCUGCUUCACCCUCACCGCUGCUAACGUGGGCAAGUGCCAGGCCAUCCUGUGUCGAGACGGCAAGCCACUGCCCCUCUCCCUCCUGCACAACGUAGGCUUGGAGGAAGAGUACCGACGCAUCAGACAACACAACGCCAUCAUCACUGAGGACAACAAAGUGAAUGGAGUGACAGACUCCACCCGUAUCAUGGGAUAUUCCUUCCUGUACCCGGCAGUGAUCCCACGGCCCUACGUCUGCACGGUAACCCUCACCCCGCAGGACGAGUUCUUCAUCCUGGGAAGCCGUGGCUUGUGGGAUGCCGUGUCACCGUCGGAGGCGGUGGAGGCGGUGCGUAAUGUCCCAGACGGCCUGGCUGCAGCCAAGAAGCUGUGUACGCUGGCCCAGGGCUACGGCUGCACCGACAGUCUCUGUGCCGUGGUGGUGCAGCUCUCUGUGAGUGAGGACUGCUGCUGCUUCAGAGACCAUCACCAGCCGCACCCCAGCCCUGUAUUGGGCGGCUACCCCUCUUCGGGGGGUUCGUCGAUAAAGGAGCGACCCACAGGGGAUGGCUCCCUCCCUGUCCCCCCGUCCUCCUGCAGUGAGAUCAGCAGUGAGAUCAGUACUAGUGAGAUGAGCAGCGAGGUGGGAUCCACGGCCUCCUCUGACGAGCCUCCUCAGAGUUCCCUGGGGCUGCUGCAUGAACAACCCCACCACCACCUGCACCACCAGGCCAACCAGCUCUCCCUGCAGGCCCAGCACGCUGCCCAGCCCUGCCCUUACCCUCACCCAGGCUCGGAGCUCCCUGCCCGGGGCUGCUGUGCUCUCCACCCUGCCUGUCUGACCGGAUCCUUCCAGAGGCAGCUGUCCAGCGCCACCUUCUCCAGCGCACUAUCUGACAACGGGCUGGACAGUGAGGAUGAGGAGCCCAUCGCCGGGGUCUUCUCCAACGGGAGCAGAGUGGAGGUGGAGGCCGACAUCCACUGCCUUAGGGUUGAGGCCUCUUUAUCAUCAUCAGGACCGGAACGCUUGCUGGCCCCUCCUCCCCCUCCUCCACCCUGCACCCCGGAACCACUCGAGGAAGGGGUGGAGCUGACCCUGGGGGAGGCGGAUAUGAGGGAGGAUAGAGAAGAGGGCUGGUCAGUGGGCUGCGGCAGACCGGGUGAUGAUGGGAAGGCCAUGGGGAAGAGGAGGGGGAACGGCUCUGUGGCCCCCCAGGAGAAGAGCCACAACCUGAUCGAGGUGGCAGCAGACGCCCCAUCUAAGAAGGGAGGGGGAUACUUCACGGCACCCGCCCAGCCCGACCCGGACGACCAGUUCAUCAUCCCUCCAGAGCUGGUGGAGGAGGUCAAGGAGAUCAUGAAGCAGCAUCAGCAGAAGCAACAGAAAACACCUAGCCCCGACCAGCCUGCAGACUACUAGGACUGCAGGGAAUUAGGACACACCCCAAAAUCCCUACAGUGGAGAAUCGCUACAGUCUUCGGACUAGCUGAGUAACCUAUGUAUCUGAAAAACAGCACCUUGCUGAGAUGUCUACAGACUACAAUCACUCAACCCCUUUCUCCUGAGACCACAGCACUGGAGUACCAAGCACUGUAACCGGCUCCAACCCUUUCCCCAAAGUGACCUAUAGAAUAGGACAUGCAAAUGAGCCCUUUAAGAUAACCCAACCCUAUUGGGUAUCCUACUUAUGGACACACCUUUUAUGGUCCAAAGUAGUUCCACUACUACUCACAGACAGACUGUGCGGAACGUUGUUUUUACAUUAGACAACGAACCAAUGAGUACCUAUGUAAUCAACACUAGUCUCUCUGCAAAAGGGUUAGCCUAUCACAACACACAGUAAUGGACAUGAUGCCGUUGUUUUUUUACUUACCAUAUCUUUUAAUGUAAAGAAAAUUAAGUUGCUGAAAAAACCUUGUUAAAUGAAACAUGGAGAACAAUCUUUUUUAUUAUCAAUGAAAUACAUUUGAAUGGUGCACACCAAUAAUACCACGCUUAACUGUUGUAGAUGGGGCACUUGAUAAAACUCUAUUUCUUCAGUAAAUCAUGGCUCUUGGCCUGUACAAAAGGCAUAGACAUUUUUGUAGAAAUUUGAAAGACUAACUCUUAGGAGUUGCAUACUCUUUAUGGUGACCUAGUCACUUUUACUAAUCUUCUCUGAGAGAAAUUGUGAUUUGUUUCCCCCAAUGAAUUGUAAAUAAGAGAAAUACUGAUGCUUUUAAAGGAACUGUGUACCUGUAUGUUUGUGGAUGGAUUUAGUGGUGUAGAGGGGGUGUGGGUCAGACCUAAUUUCGCCGAUCUCACCUUUUUCUCGUAGACACAUACACUCAGAGACAUGUUCAAUACACACACAGAUACGUGCAUACACAGUACACCCACCCUGUUAUACAGUACAAGAGCACACAAUUCACUAUGGUUCUUUUCAUUCAGUUCUGUUGAUACUUACAUCUUGGUUAGUCAGCACUCCCUCUAAUGUGCUCACAACACACACACACACACACACGGUAUUCUGUCCCACUGCUAUCACCGGCAUGACUGUGUCCAGUUCAGUAAUGCAAACAAAUGCUAUAUUAUCCACAUGGAAAGUAAACCACACAAAACGUUCCUGUCUUUGGUAUAAUAAAUCUUCCAUUUGUAA